CAGACACAAGGGCUCUGAAGGAAUCAGGGGUCCAUCUUUGGCAUCAGAGAGGGACACACUCAGUGGUCUCCUGUCUUUUGCUCUCUGAUGUGAGUAGUCAUGGGCACCCAGGGAAGCCCUGUGAAGAGCUACGACUACCUGCUCAAGUUCCUCCUGGUCGGAGACAGCGACGUGGGCAAGGGAGAGAUCCUGGAUAGCCUUCAAGACGGAUCUGCUGAGUCUCCAUAUGCCUACAGCAGCGGAAUCGACUACAAGACAACCACGAUCCUGUUGGAUGGACGGAGAGUUAAACUAGAGCUUUGGGACACUUCGGGACAAGGCAGGUUUUGCACCAUUUUCAGGUCGUACUCCAGGGGAGCGCAGGGGAUCUUGUUGGUGUAUGACAUCACCAACCGCUGGUCAUUUGAUGGGAUAGACCGCUGGAUCAGGGAGAUUGAUGAGCAUGCACCUGGAGUGCCCCGUAUUCUAGUGGGUAACCGGCUACACCUGGCGUUCAAGCGACAGGUUCCCACAGAACAGGCACGGGCAUACGCAGAAAAGAAUGGCAUGACAUUUUUUGAAGUGAGUCCUCUCUGCAACUUCAACGUCAUCGAGUCCUUUACAGAGCUCUCGCGCAUCGUCCUGAUGAGGCAUGGGAUGGAGAAGUUCUGGAGGCCCAACAGAGUAUUCAGUCUGCAGGACUUGUGCUGCCGUGCCAUUGUUUCCUGCACCCCUGUGCACCUAAUCGAUAAGCUGCCACUUCCUGUGGCCAUCAAGAGCCAUUUGAAGUCAUUCUCCAUGGCGAACGGCAUGAAUGCUGUCAUGAUGCACGGCCGCUCGUAUUCGCUGGCCAAUGCCGCCGGAGGCAGCAAAGGUAACAGUCUUAAACGCUCCAAAUCCAUCCGGCCGCCACAAAGUCCACCACAGAACUGCACCAGGAACAACUGUAAGAUCUCCUAGCCUCCAGGCACAGGGACGGGCCGCCCCCCCUCCCUUCACUUAUAUAACACUCAGGUGCACGCGGACAAACACACAAGGAAAGCGACACAGGGCUGGGUCGAUGACGCAACACGGGUGUGGCACCUCUCAACACGGGGAAAGCAGCAAGUGAAAGAGCACUUCCUGCUGCUACUAAGAGCCACAUUACUCCCUCACCUUGCUGCAGUACACCAUUUAUCACUCAUGCGGUGACCACCUACAGCAUGUUUCCUGCCACGCUAGCGCCCUCUGCUGGAGAAUCCAUGCAGAUCAAACCCUGCAGUGGCUGCUGAGAGGCUGCGAUUUUGAAGUUGCUUUAUGGGCUUUUUCCGCUUUGGUUGUGUUAUUUGCUCAUACUCCUAAUCCUCAGUGCUCUGCAUAUGGUGUUUUUUUUUUGUUCUUUACAGGGGUUCUGUUUUCCCUGUAGAAAAGCUGAAGUACCUCGAACGGUCACAUGGUCUUGCAUGCAUACCUACAGUGAGAGGGCUGAGGCCAUUUGUAGUGCUUACAUUUGAACUGAUGUAUUAAAAAAUGUGAUUUGCACUGCGAAUUGGUCGUGUCUGAAUUUGAUGGUCAUUUGCACAGUGACUUAAUCACCAGAGAGAAUGUGGACUGCGGGAGCACUAGGCACAAACAUUUCCAUGGCACCUUUUAUUCGCCUUCUUUCCAUUAUGAAGAUCCAGCAAACUUUGAUGAAUUGUUCCUCAUUGGGUCAGAAACCAAGGAUCGCAGGAAAUUUCUCCUCAGGGGACAGUAUUGGCAAAGGGUUUUUAGUCUGUUUUUAGUUUAUUUUUUACUCUCAGCUCCUUUCCUUCUCUGACUUGCAUUUCCCGCAUGUCUGUUUUGGGGUUAUUUGUUAUAUUUCCAAUCUUAUAACCCUACACUGUAAUUACCUCACCACUCACGUUCAGACUUCAAGCCUUGCAGCCUGAUUUUCUCCUUCAUAUCUCCUGCAUUUCAGUUCUCUCCUGAUAUAUUUUCAGCACAAUUUUCAGCAGUCUCUGGCUAAAAUGCUCCGUGAUUUAAUCACACAUGUGUUCUACCAGUUUUCAGUGUUGUAGCAUGAGUUCAAAAGUCAGGUCUUAGCUCGAAGCCCUUUCAAUCUGCACACGCAGCAUGACUUCUCUAUAGAUGUAUGUCAGAAUGAAGGAUAAUAAACCCGCUCAAGCUUGCUCCUAAAUAUCAAGCACAAUAGAAACGUCAUAGCGCUCCUUUUAGAUCUCGAACGUGUCAGAAGCGUCUGCUUGUUUCUUUCGGAUCUGAUGAGCUGUGCUUGUUGAAUUAUGGAUGCUUUUCAGUUGAUCAAAUCCCCCUCUUUUUCUCUUUGCUUCUCCCACCCCCUUCAUCUCAGGGACGAGCCCCGGCCUCCAGCUACAAGAGCUGCCCAAUGAAGCCUGUUUAAACCCGGCUGAGCGACGGCUGCCAGCAGGGGGCCUUUAAACUUCCCUUAGAGGGCCUUAAGCUCUUGGUGUUUGACCUAUAAGCUAUUCGCUCCAGGGCUUUUGCAGUCGCUAUAGCUGAUAGAAUGAACCUGGCACAUGUUCGGUGGUGCAUUUAGAGCAGUUGUGCAUAAUAGUGUCCAUCUGUUGGGUGACUUAAAUACUAAAGGGUCCACAGAAGGUGUUUUGGUUCCCCUGUUUUAAUAAUCCUGAAAGGCUGUGGUUAUAGAAAUACUACAAAGAAGUGUUUUGUUCCUUUUCUUGAGCAUCUUCAGAAUCUUGAGUAGGUAUUAGUUUUGAGCCUCUCACCUGAGAGCACAAGUUGUUCUCUGUAAUAUCGUUGCACGUCAUACAGUGCAAAGAAACUCUGUGACUUAGUUAGAACGUUCCAUUUCAACCUCUCUUUUUUGGUAUUGUAAAGUGUUUUCUUCUUUGUAAUCGAAGCCUCUGUUUUAAAAACACGCUCAUGGUUUUUGCGUGUGAUGGUUGACAGUAUGAUGGGACCCUCUUGGUGUUGCCAAAUGGGCGGUUUUGAAAGGUGUGAAUGGGAUAAAGGGAAAUGUGAUUUGGUGGAGCAGUAGGAACACAAUUGUAAACACUAUUUUCUGUUGGUUGAAGCUAAAAGCUGCUGAAUAACUUGCCUAAUUAUUGGACAUUCUUUAAACAACGACAACGGGGGGAACAUAAGAACUUUUUUUAAAUUAUUGAUUGUACAGUUCUUAGUGUAUGAAAAGCAACAACUUUUUUCACAAUAAAAUGGAUAAUGUUAUCAGUAAA